AAGCGCACACACCAACCAUUUGACAAAGACUGCGUAAGUAGUAAGAGAUAAUGCCGAAAACGGCGUCGCUGUGGUCCUAAACUUGGGUUGUUAUCGUGUCCAUGACGGAGCAGAAAAAAGGGUGUGUGAGAAAACCGACAGCAUGGAGUAGUAGAAUGAUAACGAAAACGAAAAAACAAAUAGCAUCAUCUCCUUCUUCUUCUUCACUCGCUCAUUCAGUUGGAUCCAUUCAUCCCUUCAUUCACCUUCAUCUGUGAUCUUCCGCUUUCUUACUUGUAAGUAUGAAGAAAGAAUAGAUAAACGAUGGCAGGAGCAGAAGCAAGGGCUCUGUGGCAGAGAACUGCAAAUCGUUGUUUUGUCCAAGAAGAUGCAAAGAGAGCUCCCAAGUUGGCUUGUUGCCAGUCUUCAUGUGCAACAUCAAAAGUGGUUGAUAUUGAGCCUGCCAGUACAGCGGAUGAAUCUGAUCAUACUGCAGUUAAUGUUGCCCAUUUUAACAGGAAGUCAUCAGUUUCUAAUCUAUCACCAGACUCUAGGUGGUGGUUGCAUUUGCAGCCUAAUUAUGGGUGUCAAAAGGGUCUAACAUAUGAACAGUUAAAUGCAUUAGAUGAAGAGGUAGAAACUUUGAUAGCUAGUGAUGUAAGUAAGAAUUCUCAAGAAUUUCAGGAAUUAAUGAAUGUGAUGGCAAAACAUGAGAUAGUGGACAUUGAAUGUGUUGGCUGCUCAGAAUCCUCCAAGAAAAGUAAUGAAUUUUCAUUGGAAUCAGAUUAUUCUUGGAUUGAAAGUGAUAAAGCCGAGCCAUGGUGGCGGACUACAGAUAGGGAUGAAUUAGCUUCGUUUGUUUCACAGAAAUCACUCAACCACAUUGAAAAUUGUGAUCUUCCCCCACCACAGAAGAAGCAUCUUAGAGGAUACCCAUGUGCACGCAUGAAUAAUUGCAAAACAAGGACGGGAAGUUUAGAUUCAGGAUUGAUGCAUAAGAACCAAGGGCCUUCUGCCCGUGAAGGGCUUUUAUAUUUUGCUUCUGAUAAAUGUUCAAGUGAUACCCCAAAGCAUGAGGAUUCAAAAAGGAGUCAAACGAUUUUCGAUGAAAAUCCCAGCAAAGCUCAACUAAUGGAAGCAUUGUGUCACUCUCAAACACGUGCAAGGGAAGCAGAGGAAGCAGCAAAAAAGGCCUACGCAGACAAAGAGCACAUUGUUACUCUCAUUUUUAAACAGGCCUCACAACUUUUUGCCUAUAAGCAAUGGUUACAACUGCUGCAGCUGGAAACACUUUGCAGUCAGAUUAAGAACAAGGAUCAGCCAAUCUCUACUCUCUUUCCAGCGGCUCUUCCAUGGAUGUCCUAUGAAGGCAAAAUCUCACGGAAGAGGAAACAGAAAAUAUCCAAUGCCAAACAAGAAAGGCAAGUCAAUGCAAAAUGUGAUAUUACAACAUAUGCUGUUGCCUUUGCUUUAGGAUUGAGUCUUGUAGGAGCUGGCUUGCUUUUGGGAUGGACAAUGGGUUGGAUGUUGCCUCGUUCAUAAUUCUGUAAGAUUUAAUCGUAGCCCUGCUUGUCAUAUAGAUUGAUGAACAAAGGCAUUGGUUAACAAGAAGUGUGGCUACAAUUAUUUUACCGGAUAUGUAUGUAAUUUUGUAGAUUUGUUAGUGCUUUUUCUAUUGUAAAAUUAUAAGUUGUGGCUUUGGUAUUGAGUCUGUUUUGUUGAUGAGAUGAUGUACAUAAACUGUGUAGAUAAUGUGAAAGAGCUAUUUUUCUUUAGA